AUGGUUGCGGGUGCGGCGGUGUCGAAGGAGACGCGGGAGAUUGUGCGACAGCGCAGAGCGGAGUUAAAUGCGGAAAAGUUGGACGAGGAGAAGCGGCAGCUGCGCGGUCGCUGGGUGACGGACAACAAUGCGCUUCAAAAUGCAGAGGCUCGCAAACGCGAACAGUUGCAGCGUCAUGCCCCGAGGCGUGUUGCACGUGUAAAUCUUUUUACAAAAUUGGAAAAGACAGACACGGGGCUGGUGCUUGAGGACCGCGAGGUUGCCGACCGCGUCACUCAGGACGACAUUGUGUCUGCUGUGGACCUUCAAACGCAAGAGAAGAAGUAUGAGCUGCUGCUGGAUAAGUUAGGCCCGUACAAGGUGGACUUCUCCUUGAAUGGCACUCAUCUUCUUCUCGCAGGGAUGCGGGGACACGUGGCAAAUAUUCGCUGGAAGGAUUUUGCGCUCAACGGCGAGGUUCAGCUGAAGGAUCGGGUCGAUGAUGCCAAGUUCCUCGUUGAUCACACUAUGACGGCGCUGGCGCAAAAGAAAUAUGUUUACAUGUACACCAAGGAAGGGUCGGAGAUGCAUAUUCUUUCUCAAAUGGCAAACAUGGACCGACUGGCGUAUCUGCCACGGCACUUGCUUCUUUGCGCAGCCUCUACUCGUUUCAGUGUUAUGCAAUACAUGGACAUCAGCACAGGGCAGGAGCUGGGUGCAAAGGUGCCCGCCGUGGUGCGAGACCCUACCUCCUGCAUGGAUGUCAAUCCGAGCAAUGGGGUGAUAGCGAGCUGUGAUUUGCGUGGCGUGGUGAAGUUUUGGUCUCCAGUUGUGUUGGACCCACUUGUGCAACUCAAGGGUCACAAGGGCGUCAUUGACGACAUCCGAUUUCAUCCAAAUGGCCGAUUUUUCGUGACACUUGGUGGGGAUCACAAAUUUAAGGUGUGGGACUGUCGCACACUGCGUGCCCUGGAGGAGUACGCCGUGACGUACACCUUCAACACUAUCGACAUCUCUAGUUCCGGCCUCGUCGCUAUGGGAGGUGGCACAAAUGUGCAGUUGUGGAAAGGCAUCUUUUCCAGUGCCAAGCCAACGGCACCGUAUAUGAAAUUUGGACUUGGCUAUGGUAAUAUUGCCCGGCAGGUGCGAUUCUGCCCAUUUGAGGAUGUGUUGGGCAUCGGUCACUCCCGUGGCUUUCAGUCGAUGCUCGUCCCUGGCGCCGGGGACGCGAAUCCGGACUUUUUCUACGCCAAUCCACACGAGACGGAGAGGCACCGGAAGGAGCGUGUGGUGUCGACGCUGCUAGACAAACUGCCGCCCGACACCAUUUCCCUUGACAUUCAGGUCCCUGGUGUCAACGAGGCGCGGCUUGCAGAGUAUAAUGAAAAUAUACGUCUUAAUCGAAAGGCGAGGGCUAUUCGCGAAAAGAAGCAACGUCGGGCGGACAAGUCUCUUGCCGACGCCGCCCCGACUGGACUGCAGGUGGGCAAUGACGAUGAGGUGGACGAGGAUAUUGGCUACUGGGAGCGUCCAGCGACGCGGGAGCUAAAGUCUAGGAAGGAGAAGCUGAAGGAGCGGAAGAUGCAGAAGUGGGACAAGAAGGACAGCUCGGACAAGGUACGGUCAAAGCAGACCAUGCGCACCUCCAAGAUUGCGCAACAGCGGCGGGCAAAAGUCCGGCGAGCGGGCCGCCGUGACAAGAGCGAGGAAGAGAGUGAGGAGGAGAAGGGGGAGCGGAAGAGAACGCAGAGUCAACUCAAGAAACGUCGGCGCGAGGAGGCUGAAUUUGCCGACGACGUCCGUUUGCUGCGCGGUCAGCGUCAGCUCUCGGACAAGGAGGGGCACGAAGGCACCGUAGUGUUGUCUUCAUCGGAGUUGAUGCAUAACGCGGCCCUCCGGCGGUUAAUGUAA